AUGGCUUCCACUCAACCCUCCGACGCCGAGUUCCCAUACUCGCUAACUAUCUCUCUCCCUUUUCCGACCCAUCGUCUGGCCUCCUCAGCCCUUCAAGCUCUCGAGGUCGACGCCGAGCUGUCCCCAUUUGUGCGGCGCACAUUGACCCUUACGGCCCCGUCCUCCAAACACUCUGCCGAGCCCCAGGAAAAGAAGCUGAAGCAGGAUCCAGAUGAGUCGAAGACAGUUCUCCAGACCAUCUACCGUGCGACUACCAACCGCAUGUUGCGCGUGGCCGUGAACGGGUUUAUGGAAAGUCUCGGAGUAGUUCUCGGUGUGAUGACGGAGUUGGACGUCGAUGUACUCCAGGCAGAGGCCGAAAUGGAGGGGUGA